CGCGCGCGCGCGCGGCGUCGUCGUCGUCGUCCCCGGCGGACCCCGUCUCCUCCGGCCGGCGGCCAUGUGGAAGCUCGUCCCCGCCGCGGGCCCCGCCCCAGGAGACCCAUAUCGACUUUUGAUUGACAUCGAGUAUGUUGUUGGAAGGAAAAACUCUGCGAUUCUAAUCCGAGAUGACCCAUCAAUCAGUCGUAAUCAUGCCACGCUAACCGUCAAGCAUUCUGCACCUAACCUGAGUCAGGCCGUCGAAGCCCCUUCGUUGUCAAUAAAAGAUGCUUCCAAAUAUGGCACGUUUGUUAAUGGUGAAAAAAUGCAACACACCAUUCCCAGAACAUUAAAGGCAGGGGAUAGAGUCACUUUUGGAGUUUUUGGAAGCAAAUUCAGGGUGGAAUAUGAGCCUUUGAUUGCCUGCUCGUCUUGCAUAGACGGACCUGGGAAAGCUGCUUUAAAUAAAGCUAUUUUGAAACUUGGAGGGUGUACUGUGAACACGUGGACAGAAAAAUGCACUCACCUGGUGAUGAUGUCAGUUAAAGUUACUAUUAAGACAAUCUGUGCACUGAUUUGUGGUCGACCGAUUGUCAAGCCGGAGUAUUUUGUGGAAUUUCUCAAAGCCAUUCAAUCCAAGAAACAGCCUCCAAAACUUGAAAGUUUCUAUCCACCAGUCGACGAGCCGGCUAUCUGCACUGAUAAUCUUGAUCUGUCGGAGUGUAAGGAAAGAAAACAGAUCUUCAGGGGGAAGACUUUUGUAUUUCUAAAUGCUAAACAGUAUAAGAAGUUGAGUUCAGCAAUUGUUCUUGGAGGUGGAGCAGUGAAGUUGUUGACUGAAGAAAAUACAGACAAUUCCUUCCUGUUAAAUCCUGCAACUUGUGUUGUUGAAGUAGGAAUAACGAACUCACAGGUGGUUUUUCCACUCUCCCACGGAACAUGGAUCGAUUCAAUUUUGAAUGUUCUUCAAAGGCAGCGACUUAGAACUAUUCCUGAAGCCGAAAUUGGAUUGGCAGUUAUUUUCAUGUCUACAGAGAGUUUUUGUAACCCUCAGAUCCAGUCCACUGCAGGAUUAAGGUCAGGAAUCCCCAGGCCAGGUGUUUCUCAGAGCUUGUUCGUAGACGAGACUUUAAUGCCUGGUGCCACAAUGAACGUCACAGCAUAUGUAGCUGAUACCGAAUCUGAACAAGCGGAUACAUGUAUGGAUUCGAGUGAAAAACAAGAAGACGAAACUCUUAAAAUAGAAACAAGAGGCAGAAUGCAGUCACAAGAUGCACCUACCGUAAAAGAGACACCCAACACAUCUUGUGUAAGUGCUGGGAUAACGUCGCAAAAGAUGAGUAGGCUCAGUGACCAAGAGAGCCAACUUUCACCACCUAAAUUAAAUAGAAUGAGAAAUAUUCAGCAACAAACUUACUCCAUUAAAAACUAUUUCCAGCCAACUACAAAGAAAAGGGAAAGAGAUGAAGAAGAGCAAGAAAUGCCUGCAUCAAAAUCAGCAAAAACAGAAGAACUGAGUUCCUCACUUUUGGCACAAACUCAGCCCACUCCUGCUUCGCCCUGCAGCAGCAGGGAAAGCCAACAGCUUCAAAAGGGGCCCUUGACUCUGGAGCCCAAAUCAAGUGAUUCAUUUUCUAGAUCGAACGUAGAGCAUGAUACAGAAAAGCGUACUGCUGCUGGAUCUUUACCUGAGGCAGAGUCUGCACUGAAGAAGAGAAAAAAGCCUGAUGAUUUGGCGCUGGAGCCCGAUAUCUUACAAGCAAUUGAGAGCUUUGAGCACGAUUGCGAUAGUGAGAUGGGAGAAGAGAAUCAGGAGAAUGGGGCCAGUGUAAAGAAAAAGCAAAGGUUGGAUGCGAAAGAGAAUAACAUUCCUGAAGAUAAAGAAAUAAUACAGAAGAAUAAUAGAGCAUCAGAAGAAAAUGAACUUGGGAAGACAGAUGAAAUCAAGAAAAAAUCACCUGAACGUGUGCCCGAACAGCAAAACAAUAACGAAAACCGUCAAGAUGACAGCGAGGUGCUUCCCAAAAAGCUUCUGCUGACCGAAUUCAGAUCCCUGGUGGUUGGCCACACUAGAGCCAGAAAUUCCUCCACCGUAAGAAGUGAUUACGGACAUCGGAAUAACUUCAAGAAAUUCAAAAAGGUAGCGUAUCCUGGGGCGGGCAAGCUUCCCCAAAUUAUUGGGGGAUCAGAUCUCAUCGCUCAUCAUGCUCGGAAGAAUGCAGAAUUAGAAGAGUGGUUAAGGCAAGAAAUGGAGAUUCAGAGUCAACGUGCGAAAGAAGAGUCUCUUGCCGAUGACCUCUUCAGAUACAAUCCUAAUGGGAAAAAAAGAAGAUAGCUUUCAAUGAGGACAAUUGAAUGAAGCCAAGAAAAUGUCAUCGCAGAAACCAGAUUAUCACUGGUUCCAUGUAUUGUAGAGAAAGAAUUAGGUGGCAUAUGUGUUUUAUAACUAAAACAUUCUAUUAAACUAUGCAAGAAUCUA